GCAACGGAUGCUCCUUAUCGCGAGGUGACAGAGGCCCUCCAGACAACCACCUACCUGGUGAACCCACUAGGAAGGGUGGAUUUGGAGGUGACUUCAAAAGGAGUGGGGGGUAACAAGGUGAGGAAGGGGGUUCGGCAGCUGGGAACCAUGUGAAAAAAAGGUAUUGCCCAGAGACAGGGUCGGGGAACCCCUAAUCGCUGAGCGGGGGACAGCCUGGGCUUCCCCAGACAUAGUUUUGGGGGACUUCAGUGGAAAAAAGUGGGGGACCCACUUAGAAGGUGGCAAAGACACCACCUUGGGUUCCUCCCUGACAUUGGCAGUGCCCCAGUAGGGAUGAGUCAAAGCUAAGGACCCACACCCUUUAGAUUACAAGGGUGGGUUUGGCAGGAGUGCGGGUCCCCAAAAUAGGGUGGAAAGGUGCUUGGGGGUAUUGCAACCACAUCUUGGAAAUUUUAAGGGUCUUGACUUUGGGAUAAGGGAAGAGGGACAGGGACACCGGAGAACAGGGAAAGGGGGUAGUUUUCAGUAGGGGGCAAAAGUCGAGGGUGGGGUCAACAGAGAUACAUAGGCUGCUGGGUCCAGUGGGGCUAGCACGGGGCCCAAGGGUGGGAGCUGGCGACCGAGGGGCGGCAGGGGGCAGGGGCCCUGGGGCUUAUCCUCAGCUCCAGUGGGUGGGGCGGUGAGUUGGGACCCCAGCGUCAAGAGCAUGCCCCGGUGAGCGCGCUGGGGGCGCCUGCCGGUUUGGGGGUGUCUCCUCCCGGGGCGCCAUGGCGGCGCUGGCCAGUAGCCUGAUCCGGCAGAAGCGGGAGGUCCGCGAGCCCGGGGGCAGCCGGCCGGUGUCGGCGCAGCGGCGCGUGUGUCCCCGCGGCACCAAGUCCCUUUGCCAGAAGCAGCUCGUCAUCCUUCUGUCCAAGGUGCGACUGUGCGGGGGGCGGCCCUCGCGGCCGGACCGCGGCCCUGAGCCUCAGCUCAAAGGCAUCGUCACCAAAUUGUUCUGCCGCCAGGGUUUCUACCUCCAGGCGAAUCCUGACGGGACCAUCCAGGGCACCCCAGAGGACACCAGCUCUUUCACCCACUUCAACCUGAUCCCCGUGGGGCUCCGUGUGGUCACCAUCCAGAGUGCCAAGCUGGGUCACUACAUGGCCAUGAACGCCGAGGGGCUGCUCUACAGCUCGCCGCAUUUCACAGCUGAGUGUCGCUUUAAGGAAUGCGUCUUCGAGAAUUACUACGUCUUGUACGCCUCUGCUCUCUAUCGCCAGCGCCGCUCUGGCCGGGCCUGGUACCUGGGCCUGGACAAGGAGGGCCGCGUCAUGAAGGGAAAUCGAGUCAAGAAGACCAAGGCAGCGGCCCACUUUGUGCCCAAGCUCCUGGAAGUGGCCAUGUACCGGGAGCCUUCUCUCCACAGUGUCCCUGAGACCUCCCCUUCCAGUCCCCCUGCGCCCUGAAAUGUAGUCCGUGGACUGGAGGCUCCUGGCACUUGCACGGAGCCAGCCACAGCCACAGCCUGUCUCCCAGCCCUGCUCCCGGCCCCGCCCCCACCCAUGCCCU